AUGGCGGACGAUCAAACUCCUGAAUCGCCUCUCUCCUUCAAGGACAAACUCAGAUCCUCCUUGUGCUUCUUGUGCUGCUUCCACCACCACGAUCACCACCAUCGCCAUACGGUGAAGCCGAAACUGGUUCGGAGCUCAUCGCUUCAGCACAGGCCUUCCCGCUCUUAUGAUCUUCCGCAUCUGAAGGAGAAGUGUAGCAACUUUAUCUCCAGGAUCGGCCGCCAUCGCCGACGGCAUUCGGCCGAUUUCCAGUAUGAUGCGCUCAGUUAUGCGCUGAAUUUUGAAGACGAUGCGAUGGACGAAGAUAGGCCUGCCGGCGACUUCAGGAAUUUCUCCGCGAGGUUGCCUCUGUCUCCGACGUCUAAGGUGUCUUCGGAUCUGAAGACGACAGGGAAAUCGCUGCUCUUGGUCGAUCUAUAA